AUGUGUUCCAGAGAACUGGUGAAUGUUCUAGCUUCGGCUGCCAUAUUGUUGUGGUCUAAUUAUUUUAUUACACGUAGAAGUGGAGGUAGAGCCUUCUUUCAUGUUCCGGACACUUGCCAAGAUACAUGAUCUUCUGUCUGGCCCAUGAUUCAAGAUCUCAUGCAGGCCUCUUUUUUAGGCCCAUCAAUGCAUUUUGGGCUGAACUGCUUGGUGAGCUACGAGAUGAGAACUUUCAAGAUUUUGCUGCAUGGGAAGGGAAUGGGGAAUUUGAACGUACCAUGCUACAGAAUUCAUCUCUUCUGACAUUUCAGGGUUCAUUCCUUGUCCUACUUCUCAUUAAUGUUCAGAGCCAUUUGCCCUAUACUUCACGUGAGAGAAUAUCCCAACAGCUACCAGACUUUGUCAACUUGGCAAUUUAUAAGAUUCAACAAAGUUCAGUGUCAAAAAUAAGUGUAGGGCGGACACAGACCAACCCAGAGAUGAAGAUACAAUGUGAAGUGUGCGAGAAGGCAGAAGCCGAGGUACUAUGUUGUUCGGAUGAAGCUGUUCUUUGCAAGUCUUGUGACGAGAAGGUUCAUACGGCUAACAAGUUGUUCCAGAGGCAUAACCGGGUCACUCUCCUAAAGCACAAUUCCACGUCUUCUGGAAUUCCCCUUUGUGAUAUCUGCCAGGAGCGAACCGGGUAUGUUUUCUGCUUGGAGGACAGAGCAUUGCUCUGCAAGAACUGUGAUGGUGCAAUUCAUAAGUGCACUUCACACCAAAGGUUUCUAGCCUCUGGAGUCCACGUCUCUCUUCAGUCUUGCAUUGAAGACUCUGAGUGCAGCACUAGCUUAAGUUCCUCAAUUUUUCAAAUCCAUCCAAGCGGGGAAAGUGAAGCUGGAAACUCAGAAGUCGACCUGGAGAAGGAAAGGCAUGAAGGGAACAGAUGAAACCCUGAUGCAAAAUCGUGAUCUCCUUAAGCAUCUAAGGUAAUAAUCAACAGCCCGAUGCUUCGAUUGUGUGCUGAUUCUUCUGGUCGCCGUUGGAGACGAAAGAGGAGUCGUAGACGAAAAGCUGCUGCAUUUCAUUUUCUGGUUUCUUUCAUUGCAAGUCAUGCUUGGUUUUGUCAUCAAUGGGACGGGACUAUCAUCAUGGCUGGCUAGUGGCUCCAACUUCAAUGUCGGAAAAGCCUUUCUCGUUGUAGUUCUCUGUACAGUAGCUUUUUUCCAAUAGGUGCAUGAUCCUUAAUGAAUAAACAUUUUGUGAAUAUAUAACAUAAAAAACUCAUUGUUUAUGUUAUAUAUUUAAGUAAUGAAAUACCACAUUUUGU